AUGUCCCGUCUGUUCUUUUUGGUGGUGCUAUCGAUUGUCACCGUAUUCGCCGCAAUCGAUGAUAUUCCAAUCAAGUACUUGAAUGAGAAACAGCUGGUAUGUUAGUAAUAUUGGCAUAGCAAUACUUCAUCAUAACUUCAAUUUCAGGCCCAUAUCUCCAAACUCGCUUUGCAAGAGCUGAACGAUCGUCGCUUGGACUAUCACACUCUGGUUUCGCCGUUGAGAGGGAUCGCUCUCAAGGGAAGACAGGUAAGAGGGAUAAGGGAUAAUAUAAAAUCCUAUAAUCACUGCCAUACAAAGAAAAAAUACUAAAUUCAAGUAAUUAUUAUUCACAAUCGAGAAUUUAGAACGAAUACCGCGUUGAUUUGGUAGUCGCCCCAUGCGAGAAGGACUACAAUUGCGAGAAAGAUCAGCUGGAAAACGCGACAGUGAUGGGUAUCGUGUACAAGAAAGUGUAUCAUCCUGAGGAAUUCCUCCAUGUUGAGCUUGUCAGCGGAGAUGGCGACAAUCUCCAAUAA